AAUCUGCAAUCAUAGCGUCGCCUUCAAUAUUUAUAUAUAUAAAUAUAUUCUGCAGAACCGUGAAUUGUUGAUCACAAAGAGGGAGCAUUUCUCUUGAGCCUUCAGUUGGGUUAGUCAAAAUCCAUUCUUUUCUGCAACUGUUCUGGAAUCUGGAUGGUGAUGGACGGAAUGUACGCCGGCGGUGGCGGUGGCGCUGGAGGGAGCUGUUACUCGUAUGGGGACGGCGGCGGCGGCGGCGGCGGAGUGAUGAUGACGAGAGAUCCGAAGCCGAGGCUGAGAUGGACGGCUGAUCUUCAUGAUCGGUUUGUAGAUGCUGUCACCAAGCUUGGUGGCCCUGACAAAGCAACGCCAAAAUCUGUGCUGAGAUUGAUGGGGUUGAAGGGGUUGACAUUGUACCAUCUCAAGAGCCAUUUGCAGAAGUAUAGGCUUGGACAGCAGGGCAAGAAACAAAAUGCAGGAGACCAGAACAAAGAGAACAGUGGGGAUUCUUGUAGACAGUUCAGUAUACAUUCAUCAGCCACAAGUACCCCUUCAUCAAGCAUGAACUGUAUGCAAGGAGAAAUCCCAUUUGGAGAUGCAGUAAGAUGUCAGAUUGAAGUACAGAACAGAUUACAAGAACAGCUUGAGGUGCAAAAGAAGCUGCAGAUGAGAAUAGAGGCACAGGGGAAGUACUUGCAAGCAAUACUGGAGAAAGCACAGAAGAGUCUGUCCAUAGACAUGAACUCCCCCAGCAGUGUAGAGGCAACAAGAGCUCAGCUUAAUGACUUCAACUUGGCUCUCUCCAGCUUCAUGGAGAACAUGAAUGGAGAAAGCAUUGGGAAAGCCAUGAAUGCCAACUUGCCAAGCUCUGAUUUUCUUGGGGAAGAGGAGGAGGAUGACAAGAGGGACAUCAACAUCAAGCUCCAUGGAAGCUCAAUGAAUUUCGAUUUGAAUUGUGGGAGUAGCCACGAUUUUGUUGCUGCCAAUGGAAGAUGAGAUUGGAAAUGCAAAUAUUUUGAUUUACCGGAAAUCUCGCAACCACUACCCAAAGAUGUACUUUGGUGAAGUCGUCCUAGCCGACAAAGGACUACGAGCAAAUACAAAUAUUUAACUCUGAUCAAUUGAAGCAUAUGCUUUGUACUUUUGUAUUGUGUUUGGGAUACAUGACUUUAGAAAUACCAUGUUGAAUAUAUCAUAAUUUUGUUUAUAUAGAAAUUUUUGUUUGUAUAUCAAUGAAUUGAUUGAUGUCAUUGCAACUUAUUACAACAUUCUUUACUUA